AACGUGACACCACCACACAGCUGACUGAGACCCGCCAGGGACACAUUGCUGCAUGCACUUCUCCCCGACAAACGCGUCAGGAUCCCCGGCUGCUAGUGGAGGGUAAGGCCCCUCGAAGCGAAUGAAGAAAUAUCUUUUGCUUCACUUCUUCAGAGGACUUCUCAGAAAAGGUCAAAAGAGUAAAAGAAGAAAACGGACAUGUUUAACCCACGGAAGGCUGAACCCCGGGAUGUGCCUACCAUAUUACGACUCAUAAAGGAACUGGCUAAAUAUGAAGAGAUGGAAGACCGAGUGUUGCUGACCGAGAAAGACCUUCUGGAUGAUGGAUUUGGUGAACACCCCUGUUACCAGUGCUUUUUGGCCGAAUGGCAGGAAGAACAAAGCAACGAAGAACCAAAGGUGAUCGGGUUCGCCAUGUACUACUUCACCUAUGAUCCCUGGAUCGGCAAGGUCCUCUACCUCGAAGACUUCUUUGUUGUCGAGGAGUUCAGAGGAAAAGGCAUCGGUUCUAAGAUCUUGAAGCUCCUAAGUGAUUUGGCGAUUGAGACGCGCUGCAGCAAUAUGCACUUCGUCGUUGCCGAGGGCAACCACUCAUCCAUCGAGUUCUACAAGCACCGCGGCGCUGAAGACCUGUCCAAGGAGGAGGGCUGGCGUCUGUUCUGCUUCGACAAGGACAGCAUCCUCAAGAUGGCGGCAUCUUGAGGAUGAGUGAGCUGGCCCCUCCCCCCCACCGGACUCCAGUACACAACGAGAAGGAGGAGGAAGAUGGGGAGGAGGAGGAGGAAGGGGUCAUCAUGGCAGGAGUCAUACCAGAGACAUGGACGUAGAGCUGGGGUCCCUGUGUCGUUUCCUAAACUAGUUUGGUCGUAUGCGUCACGUAUUGACACAUGUAUACAGGAUACAAUUCUCAGGAAGCGUGGUUGACUUGCAGAAGAUAUGCAUGAUUGACGGGCCGUGAGCUAGGCUCCAGCGGGCGUGGUGGUCUUGGUAACUAGUUCAAGGGGGGUUUGGGGGCCCAGACUCUCUAGUGCACAUGACUCUGUUGGAAGACUCAAGCCGGCCUUCCUCUCCGUUUGCACGGAGGUCAAAAUACUUAAACCGUAGUGUAGCCUCAAAAGGGCAUUAAUUAUCCCUAAAAUAUAUAUAUAUUUAGAUGAAGUGAGCUCUGCUUACCUCAGAUGUACCACUUAAUUUAGCGUUAACCUUAUACUUUCCGUUUUAUAUAUUCCAUGUAUACCUUUUUUUGUUAAAUCAUGAUGGACAGAUUUUAUUACUUAUUCUUGAUUGUUGGAGCACAUUUGUUUGUUAUGUGUAGUUUGCCAAUACAUUUUAUUCUGAUAAGCCACAGAUGUUGUGUUCGUAAGCUCUCAUUCUCUGCUGUCGCUUUAUGUAUGUUUUUCAUGUUAAUUGAUGUCGGGAGACAAUGAAAGCAUUGGAAAGCCAGUCUGUUUAAUCUUAUGCCUUGCCUGUCUACAUUGUUAACUGGACAACAAGUAAUUGCUGGCAUCUGGACACUAUGGUGAUUGUACAGUAAUAUAAUUGUGCAAUAUUGGGAAUUGCAAUGUGAACCUCUAAGGAGGUUUACAUGUUAAACCUAACUAUGUUCAUGUUAGAAGAUGAGCUGGGGCCAUUGUAGUUUCUGCCCACAUGAAGUAAGAGAAAACUUUGAAAGAAGCCUUUCACUUCAUGCUAAUAAAGUGUAAUGAACAUGUA